AUGCACUCGCUCAAGCGCGUCCUCCGCCUACCGGCGUCCGCCACAACCUCCUCCUCCUGCGGCCUCCGCCGCCUCUCGUCCCACCGCCGCCCUCCGCCGCACCCGCCUGCGGCCACCGGCGACGACGAGUGGAACGACGCGUGGGAGACCGCAUGGCUCCCGGGCGACUCCCCCGCUUCCUCCCCGGCGCCCGCCGCGCCGUGGGAGUCCCCCACAUCAGAAACCGUUGCAGCCAUACCCGCCGAGGUGGACCCUGACACCAAAGCCUUCGUCGCCGACAUGGACGAGCGCUGGGCCGAGCGCCGCGCCGCGACGAGGCGGCCGCGCGCUCCUCGCCCUCCCGCUGCUGCUGCAGCAGAGGGAGCGGGCGGCGCCGAGGCGAAGAAGGCAGGGGCGGACGAGUAUAGGACAAGGAAGCAGCGCGUGCACGCUGCGCUUUGGGUGAAGGAGAUCGACAAGAUGGAGGAGGCGCGCCUUGGCGGCGGCGGUAGGCGCGGCGCAGCCGACGACAUCGACCGGCUCCUUGACUCGUGCUCAGAGAUCUUUGAUUCUGGCAACGCUGAUUUUGGGGAUUCAAAGAUACCAAGCACUGGUGAGAUCAAAACCAAGCCUGAUGGUUGGGAAAUUACCUCGAGAGGUCAGGAUGGUAACAUAUGGGAGAUCUCACAGCGUGAGGAGGACAUUCUUCUCCAAGAAUUUGAGAGGCGCAUCGCUUUCAGUAAACAGCAGAUUGCUAGCUUCAUCAAGACUCACAUAUUUAGUCGGAGACGACCUAUCGACGGAUGGAAGUACAUGAUUGAAGAAAUUGGCCCCAACGCAAGGAAAGGAAAAGGGAGCGUACAGAGAUUACCAAGCGUGACGGAUCCCGCUACCCAGCCGUUCAGGGAGGAAUCUCCUGCAAUUGCCUCUUCUGGUUCCUCCUUCAGAGUGAACCGGCAUGCUGACUCACCAGCAGCUGCCUCUGGCUCAUCCUUCAGAGGAAACCGGCAUGACGACUCAUCCGCAGCUGCCUCUUCUGGUUCCUCCUUCAGAGGAAACCGGCAUUACUGAAGUUGGUACCGAUUUUUGUUGGUAUGACCGCACACAUGCCGGUUUGUGUCUCCAAAAAUGCACUGGUAGAAAGAUCACCCGUGGAGAAGUCGAAUUCCGGAGAGACCUGGUGUUUUACUGGGUCAUACGAUUGUGCACUUGUAUAAUUCUUUCGGAAGACGUUAAUGCAAAUGUUUGUUAGGGCCAUCAGCUUACAAGAUAGUCUGUUUACCAACUGAUUUGUUGAAAACUUUAAAUACGAUCGGUUAGUCUAAGUUGUCUAACUGGGAAGCCUUUUUUACA